ACCUUGGAGACACUGGACACAGGAAAGCCAUUUCUCCAAGCUUUCUUCACUGAUCUGGAAGGUAGCAUCAAAACGUUGCACUACUACGGAGGCUGGGCUGAUAAGAUUCAUGGCAAAAGUGUGCCUGUGGAUGAAACUUUUCUGUGCUUAACCAGACUUGAACCUAUUGGUAUUUGUGGAGCCAUUAUUCCAUGGAACUUCCCUCUGCUGAUGCUCAUGUGGAAGUUAGCACCGGCCCUGAGUUGUGGAAACACUGUGGUCAUCAAACCAGCAGAGCAGACCCCACUUACUGCGCUGCACAUUGGAUCACUGAUCAAAGAGCAGAGGCUCCGCCGAACCCAGGCAGGCUUCCCUCCUGGAGUGGUGAACAUCAUUCCAGGGUUUGGAUCCACAGCCGGAGCAGCGAUUGCCAGCCAUGAAGGCAUUGAUAAAGUGGCCUUCACCGGUUCCACAGAGGUGGGCCAACUGAUCAAAGAGGCUGCAGCCAAAAGUAAUCUGAAGAGAGUCACUUUGGAGCUGGGAGGGAAGAACCCUUGUAUUGUGUUUGCUGACUGUGACUUGCAGAUGGCUGUGGAGGAAAUUCAAAAAGGAGCUUUUUACAACCAAGGCCAGUGCUGCACAGCUGCAUCACGUGUCUUUGUGCAGGACAGGAUUUAUGAGGAGUUUGUGCGCCGAAGCAUAGAAAAUGCCAAGAAGAUUGUCAUAGGAGACCCACUGGACCCCCAGACAACACAUGGGCCACAGAUUGACCAACAACAGUUUGAAAAAAUAAUUGGCCUGAUAGAAAGUGGGAAAAAAGAAGGUGCCAAGCUGGAAUACGGUGGAGGAGCUGUGGGAGAAAAAAGUCUCUUUAUUCAUCCCACCAUCUUCUCCGAGGUCAAAGACAGCAUGAGGAUCGCCAAGGAAGAGAUCUUUGGGCCUGUGCUCUGUAUAUUCAGCUUUAAGAGCAAACAGGAAGUCAUAGAGAGGGCCAACAACUCUCAGUAUGGCUUGGUGUCUGCUGUGUUCACAACAAGUAUGGACAGAGCUCUGUCUGUGUCUGGAGCCCUGGAGACUGGAACUGUCUGGAUAAACUGCUAUAACGCCAUGCAUGUCCAGACUCCAUUUGGAGGAUACAAGAUGUCAGGAAAUGGAAGAGAGCUAGGGGAAUAUGCCCUUGCAGAGUACUCUGAGGUAAAAACUGUAACCUUCAAGAUGAAUGAUUCCAUGUGAGCGGAGCUGGGAAGGUCCAUGCCACCCUGAACUGUCCUGAUCCUUAUGUCAUCCAGUUUUAAAACUAUAGAGCAUCAGAAUUUUUGAUUUAGAUUGUUGUAAUUUCCAGGUUGUGAACGCUAAAAGAAAAUAUUUGGGUUAGAAAUUAUAUGCCUUCAGAAAGCAUUAAUCUCUUUUAGCAUUUUUCACAUCUUUAUUUGUAUAAUUUUAUUAACAUAUUAACAUGUUUGUAGACAAUGACAAAAACGAUUUAUUCACAGUAAGAAUUUUAAAGCUGAAGAUUAAAUAAAGUGUGCACAGGUGAUAUUAUGUUUAUCUCCUGAAUUUCCUGAA